AUGUCUGAAGAAACUGCCCCAGAAGCUCCAGUUGAAGAGGAAGUUGUUGUUGAGGAGGAGGAGACCUCGUCGGUGUCCAUUGAGGACUGCUUGAAGACUGUUUUGAGAACCGCUUUGGUUAACGAUGGUCUUGCCAGAGGUUUGAGAGAGGCUACCAAGGCUUUGUCUCGUGGUGAAGCUCAGUUGUGUGUCUUGUGUGACGCUGUUACUGAGCAGAACAUCAUCAAGUUGGUCGAGGCUUUGUGUAACGCUCCAGACGAAAAGAUUCCUUUGAUUAAGGUUUCUGACGCCAAGCAGCUCGGUGAGUGGGCUGGUUUGUGCACCUUGGACAGAGAGGGUAACGCCAGAAAGGUUGUUGGCUGCUCUUGUGUUGUCAUCAAGAACUGGGGUGCCGACACUGAGGAGAGAAACGUCUUGUUGGAGCACUUUGCCCAGGAGUAA